UCCAAUAGAGCUUUUAUGUUUUUAUGUGACUUUCUUUUUUUAGUGUCAUAUUGUCCGUUUUCAGAGAAUUGCUUUGAAACCAAUGGGGGGGUCAAUGCUCUCAACACAAAUAGGUACCAGAUCUUCAACACAACAGGAGGGUGUCACGAAACAGUCGUGUAAACAGAACAAAGAUGAAGAAUAGGAAUAAUGGCAUUUAAUUACAAAACUCGGGAGAUCAGACAGGAAACUCACACUGACACAACAUAACAUUGACGAGAACAGACAGAGAAUGAGGGGGAACACGGUAUAAAUACAUGGAGCAAACAAAGGGAACUAAUGAGUAAAUGAAAUGACUAACAACACAGAGACACUAGAUCACAGGGAAACACAAGACACAGCAUACAUGUUACAGUACGCACCCCCCCGAAAAGGCGCGUCCUUGCGCCAUAAAUAGUCCAACUGAGGAGGGAAGGAGGGGGCUCUAGAGGAGGGCGUGGAAAAGACAAACAGCAAAAAUAGUCCAGGUCACUGAAAAUAGUCCAUGGGGGAGUGGAGGGUGGAAGAAGCCAGGAGCAGGAGGAGUCUGGUGGAAAUCCAGUGUCCAGCCUGGAUGAUUCCCCAUGGCAGAGUCAAAGGAGGGGGAGAAGCCAUGGUGUAAAUCUCCUCGACAAGGCCAUGGAGAUGAUGGAUGGAGAUGGAGCCGGUGGAGAAGGAGUCCAGAGCGCAGACAGAGAGCUGAUGGUCAGGCACGACACUGAAGACUUUGGUGGCUGCGACAGAGUUGUGGCGACGAUCCCCCGAGGUGGAACCAGGGUACCGGAGGUCUGAGGUGGAGCCAUUGAGGGCCGAGGCGAAGCAAAAGGGAAGGCGGAGCCAUAGGGGUGGAGAGAUGGAGCGCAGCAAACGGCUUGCAAGUCUGUGACCUAGGAGUGGUGAAGUCCGACUGAGGUGGACGGAACCAGCUGAGACUCAGAAGAACUAACUAUAGCUGGGUGGGAUCAGCGGGGGCAGGGGAUCAUCCUCUUCAAAACAGUCGUCGUUAAAACAACAAAAUAAAUAGUCCAGUGCUAGCUCACCCUCUGUGGUGGGAAUGUGGGUAGGGCUCCACUCAAUUCCCUCAAACUCAACGAGGACUCCCACACCUGGUCAGACGAUUGUCGAGGCGCCGGCUUUGAGGCUCUGGAAAGCUUGGUCCUUUUCAUUGGCUCCGGCUCGUUCCUCGCGGCAGGCUGAAUUCCUCCAUCUGCGGUGGGCUCUGGCUCGUUGUCUCUGCAGCUGGGUGAUGGCAGGCUGGGCUCUGGAUUAGGAGCGGGGCAGGUGAAUACCUCCUUAGCAAGGCUGAUGGUCAAUGGUGAAUCGCAGUUCACCAGCUCCCACUCCACGUACUCAGCGAAAUUCCCCCGAUGACCCACACCAGGCAGGCGUGUCUUCGUUUCCGCGCUGAGGCUUGUGUGGGAAAAGACACUCAGCGCUUCGUCCGGGAAGUUGGUGAGGCACGCCAGAUCUAGAAAUCAUGUAGUGUGGGUCUGCUCCAGUCACAACAGCUGGACUGCCGGUAAGUCCAAGUUUCUGUUUUGGGUCUGUUCUUCUGUCACGAAACAGUCGUGUAAACAGCAUGAAGAUGAAGGAGAAUGGGAAUAAUGGUAUUUAAUUACAAAACUCGGGAGAUCAGACAGGAAACUAACACAACUUAACAUUGACAAGAAUGGACAGAGAAUGAGGGCGAACACAGGGUAAAUUAACAAGGCACAGGUGAAUGAAAUGACUAAUAAACAACAAAGAAACUAGAUCACGGGGAAACCCAAGACACAGCAUACAUCUUACAGAGGGUUAAGUUCAAGUGUUACUGAGUGAGAAUUCCACUGCAUAUGAUUCAGUCCGCAUUUGAAAUGUCCGAAUCAUUCAGACUGAACCUCAAACCGAUUUACACUGCUUUGAUAAACAGACACGCUCUUUUAAAAGAACUGAAGACUAUUAAUUUGCGUAUCAGUCAUCACUGGUUCUGAUUCUAAUCAGAAUAUACAAGACACAUGUUUGAUAUAAUUUUUAGAGAAAUGUUUGCCAAGGAUUUGUCAGUAAAAAUAUUACACAUCAAUAUUGUACUGUGGCAAUACUGUUAAAGCAUCUACCAGCAGGCCAACGUCCAGCCAAACCUUGACCUUAAAAGUCUGUUGUGAAAUAUAACAACCUAUACACAUUUCUUGCUACUGGCUAUAAAAUCACUUCCCUCUACUUUUCUCACAAGGGCAUAAUAUCUAAAUAUCUCAAAUCAAAAAUUACUGGCCAACUUUUGCAGAUGUAGAGUCAUUUUGGUUUGAAAGCAGUGUUUUGGACCUUUACUGUUUGCCUCUAUCUCUGCAGUAUCAGUUUCACUUUUAAUACACAAAACUUUCCAGAAAAAAACUUUCCAGUUCCCAGAAACCAGUUCCCUUACCCUACAAACCAGUAUUUUUAUUUCCUUGAGCAUGUCUAAUGUUUACAGAAUGCGGAAAUUAUUUAAACACUUCAGCUGAAAAAACCUGCAGUGUAACUCAUUGUUGAGCUGCUGUUUGAUCUGAGUUCAUAUGCAGUGAAAUGGCAGAAGCCAGUAUUUCAGUGGAUCAGGACCAGUUCAUGUGUCCAGUGUGUCUGGAUCUACUGAAGAAUCCAGUGACCAUUCCUUGUGGACACAGUUACUGUAUGAGCUGUAUUAGCGGCUGCUGGAAUCAGGAUGAUCAGAAGGGAGUUUACAGAUGCCCUCAGUGCAGACAGACCUUCACUCCAAGACCUGCCUUAUGUAAGAAUGUGGUGUUUGCUGAAAUGGUGGAGAAACUGAAGAAGACUAAUCUCCAAGCUGCUGUUCCUGCUGGAUCUGGAAAUGUGGAGUGUGACGUCUGCACUGGAAGAAAACACAAAGCUGUCAAGUCCUGUCUGGUGUGUCUGGAAUCUUACUGUCAAACUCAUUUUGAACGUCAUGAAGAAUUUCGCUCAGGAAAGCCACACAAAGUGAUCAAUGCAACUGGACGACUCCAGCAGAUGAUCUGUCCUCAACAUGGUAAACAACUGGAAAUCUACUGCCGCACUGACCGGCGCUGUAUUUGUCACUUGUGUAAAAUGGAUGAGCAUAAAUACCACGACACUGUAACAGCUACAGAAGAGAGGACAGAGAAACAGAAACAUCUGGAACAAACACUAAGAAACUUCCAGCAGAGAAUCUGGCAGAGAGAGAAAGAUCUUCAGGAGCUGAGAGAUGUUGUGAAGACUCAUAAGCGCUCUGCACAGAAAGCAGUGGAGGACAGUGAGAGGAUUUUUACUGAACUGAUCCGCUCCAUUGAGAGAAGCCGCUCUGAGUUGACACAACUGAUCAGAGAUCAGGAAAAUGCUGCUGUGAGUCGAGUUGAAGGACUCUUGAAACAACUGGAGCAGGAGAUUGAUGACCUGAGGAGGAGAAACGCUGAGCUGGAGCAGCUUUCACACACAGAUGAUCACAUUCAUUUCCUGCAGAGUAUCGAGUCUUGCUCUGUUCCUCCCAAAACCACUGUUGUGCCCAGAAUCACUACCAGUUCUCACCUCUUAUAUGAUGAUGUGGGAAAAUCUGUCCUUCUGCUAAAAAAUAAACUUGAGGAUUUCUGCAAAGAAGAGAUAAAAAUGAUAUCUGAUAAAGUGACACACAUUGAGAUCAUUUCCACUUCUGAGGAGAGCAUACAAUCGCCACAGUCAUGGUCCUGGGCCACGAUGCCAGGGUCACCAUCCAGUCCAUACCCAAUGCUAGGAUCACCAACCAGUCCCUUCACAAUACCAGAGCCAUGGCCGAGACGCUUUACAAUGCCAGAGUCACAGCCGAGACUCUUGUCAAAAUCAAAGUAUUGGAACUUCCCUAACCCAUGAGUCACAGGCUCUCCACAGCACCAAAGUACUGGCCCAAAUCAUCACUGAGUUUUGCUCACCAAGACAAAGGACAUUUCUUAUGCUGCUCAAUUAUGAUUUUUAACAUAUGAUUUUUGUUUGAAUAAAUACAAAGAAAGUUUACUGGAUGAUAUUUCCUACAAAUAUUCUUGUUAUAACCCUAUUAUUCUUUAGAAUUCUGCGAUCUCUCCACCAUUAGUAUGUAUGUGUGAAUGUAUUAGGAUACUAUCUUUAUAACUUUAUAAAUGUUAGAGAAAAUGUAGUUACCAUUUCUUGAUUCUUUGUCAUUUUUAAAAUAUUAAUUGAAUGAUAUGUUUUUAUCUGUAAUUAUAAAGAUUUGGUAGUGGGGCAGUAUAUUACAACAAUAUUUUAAUUAAUUUUAGCAAAUAAUUGUUUUUGUUUUAAAUUCUGUUUGAAUUUUUGGUCAGUCCAGUUCUUUCUAUUUGGAGAAAUGAUUUGGCUUGUUAUUGAGGUUACUGAAACACACACACACAAAAAAAAUUAAUUUUUUAUUUUAUUAUAGCAUUAUACAAUAAUAAAAACUUUAUCAUUUCCA